UGUUUAUAUUUUUCAAUUCGCGGUCUGCCUUAUCAUCGGUGUAUCACACGCCACCCUGGUGCGUCACUCAGUGGACACUGUCACUGAGUCACUCCCUCGAAUUGAAGCCAUUACACAAACUCAUACAUGCAUUCAUGUCCUCACUCAUCUUACCUUACACUUACACUUACGGUUACGCCCGCUUCCCCUUCAAACUGAACCGGUUCUCUCCCCGAGCCGUGACGGUUCGCGCCGCGGUUUCAGCUCCGGACAAGCGAGGCAGAAAGAAGAAGCAGUCGAAGGAUGACGAAAGUGCGGUCGAGAACGGCCUCCGGUUCAGUUUCAUGGAGGAGCUCAUGGACCGAGCCAGGAACCGCGACUCAAACGGCGUCUCGGAAGUCAUGUACGACAUGAUCGCCGCGGGACUCAGCCCCGGUCCUCGGUCGUUUCAUGGCUUGGUGGUGUCGCACGCCCUCAACGGCGACGAAGAAGCCGCGAUGGAAUCGUUGAGAAGAGAGUUGGCCGCAGGUCUUCGACCGGUUCACGAGACGUUCUUGGCACUGAUAAGGUUAUUCGGGUCUAAAGGUCGCGCCACUAGAGGUCUAGAAAUACUUGCAGCUAUGGAAAAGCUAAAUUAUGAUAUUCGCCAAGCUUGGCUUAUUCUCAUUGAGGAACUUGUUCGUAACAUGCAUUUAGAAGAUGCCAACGAAGUGUUCUUGAAGGGUGCCAAGGGUGGGCUUAAAGCUACUGAUGAGGUUUAUGAUCUUCUGAUCCAGGAAGACUGCAAAGUGGGGGACCAUUCUAAUGCGUUAGACAUUGCCUAUGAGAUGGAGGCGGCUGGCCGGAUGGCAACCACGUUUCAUUUCAAUUGCCUCCUCAGUGUGCAGGCUACCUGCGGAAUACCUGAAAUAGCUUUUGCAACAUUUGAGAACAUGGAAUAUGGAGAAGAUUACAUGAAGCCUGAUACAGAGACAUACAAUUGGGUUAUUCAAGCUUAUACUAGAGCUGAAUCUUAUGACAGAGUACAAGAUGUUGCUGAGUUACUUGGCAUGAUGGUUGAGGAUCACAAACGUAUACAGCCAAAUGCGAAGACCCAUGCGCUGUUGGUGGAGUGUUUUACCAAGUACUGUGUGGUACGAGAAGCUAUUAGGCAUUUCCGUGCUCUUAAAAACUUUGAAGGGGGUAUAGAAGUUCUACAUAAUGAAGGGAACCAUGGAGAUCCACUUUCUUUGUACCUUCGGGCAUUAUGUCGGGAAGGAAGAAUUGUUGAAAUGCUUGAAGCUUUAGAAGCUAUGGCCAAAGAUAACCAGCCAAUCCCCUCACGGGCAAUGAUCUUGAGCAGAAAAUACCGGACAUUAGUGAGCUCAUGGAUUGAACCAUUACAAGAGGAGGCUGAAAUUGGCUAUGAGAUUGAUUAUAUUUCUAGAUAUAUUGAUGAGGGUGGCCUAACUGGGGAGCGUAAGCGGUGGGUGCCUCGAAGAGGUAAAACACCUCUAGAUCCUGAUGCUCAUGGAUUUAUUUAUUCAAACCCAAUGGAGACAUCCUUCAAGCAAAGAUGCAUGGAGGAGUUGAAGUUGCACAAUAAAAAGCUUCUGAAGACCUUGCAGAAUGAAGGACUUGCAGCUUUAGGGGAUGAUGUAUCUGAAUUUGAUUAUAUUAGAGUGCAGGAAAGGCUAAAAAAGCUCAUGAAGGGGCCUGAACAGAAUGUUUUAAAGCCUAAGGCUGCUAGUAAAAUGCUCGUGUCUGAACUGAAGGAAGAACUAGAUGCACAAGGCUUGCCUAUUGAUGGAACUAGAAAUGUUCUUUACCAGCGUGUACAGAAAGCAAGGAGAAUAAAUCGAUCUCGUGGUAGGCCCCUUUGGGUUCCUCCCGUGGAAGAGGAGGAAGAAGAGGUGGACGAAGAGCUGGAUGCAUUAAUUUCACGUAUAAAGCUGGAGGAAGGAAAUACAGAGUUCUGGAAACGUCGCUUUUUAGGAGAAGGCUUAAAUGGUGAUCAAGAAAUGCCAACGGAUGCAGUUCAAUCAGAUGUCCCUGAAGUUUUGGAUGAUGUUGAUGCUAUUGAAGAUGCUGCAAAAGAGGUUGAAGAUGAUGAAGCAGAUGAUGAGGAGGAGGAAGCAGAGCAGGCAGAAGAGGAAGUAGAACCAGCAGAGAACCAAGAUGUAAACAGGAUAAAGGAGAAAGAAGUUGAAGCUAAAAGGCCUCUUCAAAUGAUUGGAGUCCAGUUGUUGAAAGAUAUUGAUCAACCUACUGCUACAUCAAAAAAGUUUAAAAGAUCUCGCAGAGUGCAGGUUGAGGAUGAUGAUGAUGAUGAUUGGCUUCCGCUGAACCUAUUUGAGGCAUUUAAGGAAAUGAGGAAACGGAAAAUUUUUGAUGUGUCAGACAUGUAUACAUUAGCAGAUGCUUGGGGAUGGACAUGGGAGAGAGAACUCAAGAACAAACCUCCUCGUAGAUGGUCACAGGAAAGGGAAGUUGAGUUGGCAAUCAAAGUUAUGCACAAGGUCAUAGAGUUGGGAGGGAGACCAACUAUAGGAGAUUGUGCCAUGAUAUUGCGUGCAGCUAUAAGGGCACCUCUACCUUCAGCUUUCUUGACAAUUUUGCAAACAACUCAUGCUCUUGGUUUUAAGUUUGGGAGUCCUCUUUAUGAUGAGACCAUCUCUCUCUGCGUUGAUCUUGGGGAACUAGAUGCAGCUGUUGCUGUAGUUGCAGAUUUGGAAACCACAGGGAUCUCAGUUUCAGACCACACUUUAGAUAGGGUGAUUUCUGCCAAACAGAGGAUUGACAAUACCUCCAAUGGUGUCAUUAGGGAUGCAGGAUUGUAAAACUAUACCUUCAUGCUGUAAUGGUUGUAAUGUUUCGGACUGGUAUAGCUAGCGGUUGAUGUUUAAUGAAUCACCACCAUUGCACAUAUGUGCAAAUUUUGUGCUGAGCCAAAUGUAUGUAUUUACAGUAUCAAGCCUUGAAAAUUUACUUAAAUUGGUAGCACUUCUUCUCCUCUCCCGAGUUUUUCGGUUCUCUUUGACUCCGCCACAAUCUAUUGUUUUGAUCAGGGUGUUUUGAAAAUGAAGCAAUGGAAGGUUCCUACUGUUGCAACGACGAUGCUUAUUCAUUCCACCAACACGAAAUGAUGCUGUGGAAAAUUUAACGUCACCAACAACCAAUUACUCGGGUUUCACGGUGGAUAAUAAUGUGAUUGGGUUGUCAAGACCCGGUCCACUUUAUUUGUUGAUUCUCCCUUCCUUUCAGCAACAAAACUUCAUUGGUUGAUUAGUACUAGUAGAUUUCAUGUAAAAUAUUUAAGGAAUUUAAUAACAUUUAUUGAAGAAACUAAUGACAGCAUUAUAGGACUUCGUUA